AUUUGUCUAGUGGAAGUGACUCACUAUCGUCACACUGACGCUGCUGAACAGUCGCGCGGUUCUGUCUUUACUCAGCACAGGUUUACCGGGUGGAGGAGCUUGACAAAGUUUUGACAGUCAGUUACUCUGGGAACAUAAGGUGUGAAAGUUGACAGAGUGACAAUAAGUCAGAGGAAAACAACAGCUCAUUCAGGAAAAAGCAGAUUCAAUGUACAGGCAUUCAGACGUAGAUGUGCACUCAUUUGAGCCGAGACAGUACAUGUUUAAGGGUUUAGGAACAGGAAGCUUUCCCACUAAGGAUGAGAUUUGUGAUCUCAUGGGCAAUAAUGAUGGUCUGUUAGAGAACAGCAAAAUUAAGAAGAAGGUUACUGAGAGUGAGCUGUCGGCUGUCGAUGAUCAACCAUCAGGCAGCAAUAACCCGACGGGGAAAGCUGCUGUUUUCAGCUGGUUGUUUAAAGGAGCUCCUAAAAAGUGGACGGGUCAGCCUGUGCAAGAGGAAAAGCUAUCAUUACAACAUGGAGAUCUCUCAGCCCACAAUCACAACCAAACACAAAACAACACCACCAAGGAAGAACCAGAAUUGAAAAGUGAUGAUUUUCCAGGCAGUGACAGUCUUGUAAGCUAUAAUGCCUCUGAGGAGGGAAAUUCCCUGUUUUCUUUUCUCAAAACAUCUGAUGAUACUUAUGAAGAGGACAGCCCACCAUUACACAUUAAACUGCUUGCCAGUAAUGACAAUCUCUUAUAUAUCUCUAACAACAACUUAAAGGAUAACUCAGGGAAGCUAAGUGGCCCUUUCCGCAGUUCCCCAAAACCAGCAUUACGUUUUCCUGCUGAAACGGAUCCGCUAAGUUCGCAUAAUGAAUUUACAGACUGGGAUUAUACGUUCUUUGACACUGGGAUUGAAAAGAAAUCUAUUGCAGUGCCCAGAAAAUGUAAUGAUGAGAAACUCUCUAACAGUAAUAGCAAGGUCGUGUCAUUUAGAGUGAAGAAAACUCUACCUAGAAUGUCCAUGUUUUCAUCCAGUACGCAGGGUUCAGAUCAAGAGUAUAUGAUUGAGAAACCAACGAAAAUGCCGCAACUGGGGACAAAUGAGGACUGCACUUUUGAAAUCCUGCCAGUGGAGAUGGCUGCCUACCCAACAGAUUUAAAUUCAUUAGAGACAAAUGCGGAUGAUGACCUGAUGGACUGGUGGAAAACUGUUCAAGGUUGGAGUGAAUGGAACAAAACUGCAAAUUUUCAGGAGGAAGACGGGAAGCUGGCUGUCGAGGCUGUUGCAGACCGUGUGUUUAUGGCGGCCCGUCUCUUCGUCAGCCUUUUCAACCAACAUGGAGCUUCUUUGCAACAUCGCAUUUUAGAGUUGCUUGCUCUGGCGGACACUGCUGACAGCUUCCAUAAGAAGACCGUGAGCGCAGCUGUAGGAGGGGGCGUGGCUAGUGUGGCAGGGAGCAUAGCCACCAUUACUGGCCUCAUCCUGGCACCCUUCACCUUUGGCACUUCCACUAUCGUCACUGCAGUGGGUAUCAGUGUGGCAACAGCUGGAAGCAUCACCUCAGCCACUGCUAAUAUCACGGAUGCUGUUCAGUCCAAAAUGGAUCGCAAGAAGGUGGAGAAGAUGAUCCAAGGCUACCAGGAUGAGAUCAGUGACAUCAGAGAUUGUCUGGAGUUCAUGCAAGAAGGAAUGAACACCCUGCAGGAAUGGGAUUUUAAGGGGUACUCUGAGAGUGUGGUCAACACUAGUCUUAGCCGUAACGUAAAGCAUGUAAUGAAAGAAGGUGGACGAGCAGGUAAAGCCCUUUUGAUAAACACUGAUAGGCUUAUCAACACUGUGAAAGUUCUAGGUGUUGCAGGAGGUGCUGCCAAAGCCGCCAAGGCCAUCAGUAUCACCACAGGGGUCAUGUCCACUCUCUUCCUCGCCCUGGAUGUCUUCUUUCUUGCCAAAGACUCCAAUGAACUUCACAAAGGUGCCAAGACCAAAUUUGCCUUCAAGAUCCGGGAAGUCUGCGAAGAGCUUCAACAUGGCCUACUGGAACUAAACAAAGUGAAGACUCAACUUCAAAAGACCAUGGAUGGAAUCGAAGUGGAAGAAUAUGAGGAAGAGGAGGAGGAUGAAGACCAAUGUGAGUCAGAUCCUGUUAAACUGGCUCUACUUGAGGAAGAAAUUGAUCAGUUGGAGGAGAAACUUGACCAGAAAACUGUGCCAUAGCAAAUGAACCAAAGCAAGAGAGGAGAUUCUGAGAAAUAUACCCUAAAAAAUAAAUAAAAUGAGUAGUCAAAGAGACAAGUCAAUGGUAAAGAAUCUUUUCAGUGAGCUAAUAUAUCGAAACAACAAAAGCACUAAAUUCAAAGAUUUGAAAGAAAAAAAGGAGAGUGGGAAGAAGCCAUUAUAUUUGAUAAGACUUGAAGUGAUUUAGAAUAUAUAAAAAGAAAGACUUUACACAGAUGUUGCCCACAACCUAUAGUCUAUAAUUAAGAUGUUCACAGUUGGCUAGUGUGGUUUACAACUUGUUUCAGUUUCACGUUUUGAGUGUGGAAACUUUAAAUGAACAGUUAUUUGGACCAUAGGUUCCAAGUCACAUGAAUCUCUGGGGUAUGUGCAGGUGGCACAAGUUUGAAUCAUGGUCCUGUCCAAAAAAUAAUGUAAUCAUACAAUUGUUUAUAAAAAAAAAAAAAAAUUAUAUAUAUAUAAUAUAUAUAUAUACAUUUUCUGUUUUCUGUCAGUCAAUUAGUAGGUAGUUUGUUUGAUUUAACAUUUAUUGCCAGAAUGCUUUAUGUAGUAAUUUUCCCUCUUUUUUUUAUGCAAAAUGAGUUUUUGUAUUUUUUUAGUAAAGCCCUUGUCUUGUCUCAUUUUUUAGCACUUGUCUUUUAAAACACCAAUUUAUUCAAUCUAAAAUGAGUCUUUAUUGGCCAACAUGUUGAAGAUUUUCCGAAAGGCAGUCAAGUCGUUAAGUUGAGAUGUUUCCUCAAGUUUAUUCUGCAUACUCCGAAAUUGAGAUUAGCAUUUAUCUACUAUCGACAAUAUCCUUCCAUUUAGUGCAUCCAAAAACAGCACUGAGCUUUUUUUUUUUUUUUUGAUAACAUUUAAGUCCAAGGGCCUUAAAUCCACCUGCAGCAGAGCAAUAAGUCACAGGUAGAGGUGUGAUUGAGGAUGCUUCUACGCCUUACAGUGUCUCAUGGACCAUGGGGCCUCAUGUUUCUCUUCUUGUGUGUACAUUUAGGACUAAGUCUGAAAGAAGUGGAGAAGGUGCCCUCUGCUGUUGAAGAAUAUGUUUAUACAUGUUUGGUAUUUAGGGUAUUCACAGUUUAUAUGGUGUUAUUUAUUUGUUUACUAUUGUAGUAUGAUGGCAUUAUCCCUUCACACACGAUUUCAUGAUGACAUUUGAGAGCUAAAUAUUUGCACUGUCCUACACAUCAGAACCAAACAUGAGUAAACUUGCAUUCAUUAAAUGAUUAAAUUAAGCAAAUCAUGAAUGUGCUUCAUUUCGGGGACAGCAAAAAACUAGAAAUAAAGCUAGAAAAAAUACCCCCUCACUUUGUGCUUAAUGCUUUUUCUGCAUUAAUGUUCUUCUUAAACACAGUAUUUUAGUUUGCAACCUACAAGCAAUAUUUACUUGCAAUAUGCAUUUCCAAUAUCCAUUAAAUAUGUUUGAUGGAAAAAAAACGAAUGUUAUAUAAUGCUUUUUACUUUAUAUAACCACUGACUCAUCGACCUAGGACAUACAAUGCAGCUCAGGACAUACAGUUCUUUUUACUGAAGCAUAUAUUUGAGUCGCACAGAGAAAAAAGAAAUAAGUAUGGGUUAGAGCACUGAAGUAGACAUAAGCACACACACACAGGAAAAGAAGUACAGGGCAAUACAGGACAGAUUUCGUCUGUUCUAACUGUUCAACAAUAAAAUGUGUCACACUUCAUAUAAUACGUACAGAAUCAUAACAGAUGUAUUCAGUUAUUGCAUUGUCAGUGACUAUUUGAGAACAAUAAAAGACAAAUGACAUUUUCAUAAGGCCUGUCUCAAUGCAAUUACAGACAUCAUUUGUCCCAUUAACUGUGAGAUCAUCUUGAGCGUCUAUAGACUGCUCUCAUUAAUAUCAGCUAUUCUGAGAUAUCUGUAGAGACUGUUUUAAUUAUAGGGGAAGGAGAACGAGAAA